AUGCACUACCUCAUGCCCAAGCGCGGCAUCCUGUCGCUGCACAGCGGCUGCAACGUGGGCGCUCACGGUGAUGUCACACUCUUCUUCGGCCUCAGCGGCACGGGCAAGACCACGUUGUCGACUGAGCCGCACCGCCCCCUCAUCGGGGACGACGAGCACUGCUGGGGAGACUCUGGUGUGUGGAACAUUGAGGGCGGGUGCUACGCCAAGUGCAUAGGGCUGCAGGCCAACAGCGAGCCCGAGAUCUUCAAAGCCAUCAGGUUUGGCACCGUGCUGGAGAACGUGGUGGUGAAACCAGAGACCCGCCAGGUCCAUUACGCAUCGAG